GCGCUCUGUCCCAUUGUGUGAAUCCGCCCAUCCUAGGAAAUGAGGGCUUCCUGUUGUUUUAUAGAGCCUUCCUGCAAAAAGGUUGAGAUAUGUAAUUCCUACCCACCAGGGAAGACGGACAGAGCGUUGUCAGGCAAAAUGACAGCCACUAAUUUCGCAUUUAUGAUUUCUGGGUGUUUUCUAAAUCUUCUCAUCUGGGGAGGAUGCACAACAGUAGUUUGCCUGGUUGAUGAAAAGUUGGCGGCACAACCGGCCACAACGAUAGGGUAUCGCUCAACAGAGAUGACGGCUGCCAAUGCCACUCAUGGAGCAGAGCCAACCUUGUCAUUUACUUGUGGGAAUUAUUCUCACCACUGUAUGGAAUACUGCAGUGUGUGUGAUCAGUUCUACGGUGCACCGACAAUGAUCUGCCUUUCCGAUCUGCUUCAUCAUCUAUGUCUCCACAAUUUCUACACCACAAUGACAUCACUGAACAGCACUGACUGGUGCACUUGGAGCAAUGUGAGCGGUUUGUACAGUAACCUAAGCCUCUGCACGGAGGAGAUAUCCGACUGUCUAGAGAUCCCGUGGCCCAACCCCCUGGUGGAGCAAACCUUUGUGGACAUUCACUCCGAGUUCUUCAAGGAUUGUCCCACGGAGGAGCUAAGCGACCCGCCGCCAGUCAUCGUCUUUGCCCUGGUGAUAACUCCCAUCUGCCUGAUCCCUGUCAUGGUUGGCCUCGUGGUGCUCAAGACCAAGGAUGGGGACGGCAGCUCCUGAAAGUCCCCAAACCUCGGCUCUUCUCAAAAUCAUCAAGGAUAUCGCGUUUUUCCCCUUUCCUAACCUGAGGCCGCAGCUGCGUCUUGAUCUCGCCGGUGACCUUGCAGAGCACCGAGACGUCUGAGAUAUCCGCGGGGGAACCGCGUCAAGCAGAUGACACUGAUUAGGAGUGAGUGUCAUAAUCAGUGGCAUCACAAUGACCGUGUCAAUAACCACCUCCCCGAUGCCAAUAGAGACUGUGACAAAAUCAACGCUAUUAUAAGUUCCUGUAACGUGCUGUGAGAAGAGCCUUGUUUUAUCACCACUGGAGAUCUGAAGAUGUCUCUACUGGUCACAUCCAAUUUGCAGACACUAUUUAGAAAACGGACCUUGAUCUUUACUGGAGAACUCAGUAUUCAGGGUUAUAACGACAACAGCUGUGAAGCUGGCUGAAGUCCUCAUUGAGUUGGACGGUAGUUGUGACGAUCAAAAAAAGCUCAUUUUUUUGUUACCGAAACCCUGAACUCUCCUGAUGCAAAUAGUUUUUUUUGCAGUCACUCAAACUUAACCCUGCUUUGAGCCACUAACUUGACUAUGUACAGCUUGUAUACAGGACAUGUGAUGCCUAGACUGUGUUUCAGUGUGACGGUAUGAGUCCAUGGUCUAGGGAAGAGGUCCUCUAUGUGUGCACGGAAAGAACUGGAACAUGAGUGGAGCGUGGCGCAUGGAGCUGGUUGUGUGAGUCGUAGCGUCUGGGGUCAGAGGUCACAGAUGGGGCACAAUGCCCAGAAAGGGAGACGUCUCUUCCUGGUAUUGUCUACUUUCCAAUCCUCCAGCACCUGAUUUACAGACGCUGUCCAAACACCGACAAUCCUCAUGAUCACAUGAUGAGCUUUAACAAGGUUUCUGAAACGUCUCCUUCCAGUUCAGACAGACAGACAGACACACAGAGAGACACACAGACAGAGAGACAGACAGUCAGACAGACACACAGACAGACACAGACAGACAGACAAGACACACAGACAGACAGACAGAGAGACACACAGACCGAGAGACAGACAGUCAGACAGUCAGACAGACAGACAGACAAUUGUCUGCGCAGCCUAGCGAUAAACACUGAGCAACGACACAAAGAUAUAAGUGUUAUCUUUCGCCUGAAUCAUGAAAAUGUGGUUAUGUUCUGUUCACUCUUGGAUCAAAAUGUGUAUUUAUAUAAUGUGUUAUAAUUAUGCCAUUGUGAGAACUUAGUGGACUUACUGUACUAUCUGAGAGAACACAUUCUGCCUCUUCUCACACCAUUUACUGUAUGUAUUUCGAUAUACUUUGAUAUAUUUUAGACAAUUAAAUCUAUAGCUGGAUUGUCGGCUGUUGCUCGUUUUCUACUCACCCAGACUGUCGGAGGAAUAAACGCCAUCAAAGCUG